AUGCAUUGUGGACACAAUCAGUGCCAAGGAAGCACACCUUUCUCAGAGGAUUUAGCUAUGCCAUUUGCAAUCAGGAGGGGAUUCAAAGCGGCUCUUUCUCGGUGGACAGACAGAACUAGUAAAAACUUUGACGCUGAUUUCGACGCAAUUGAGACGACUUACUUUCAUCAAAAACCAGUCUCCAUCCAAACUCUACUUAAGAGUACACAGUUUUCACGGAGAGAAUUACAAAUAAUAUAUCGUGGUUUCAAAGAGCAAUUGGUGCGUUUUCUGUCCUCGUUAAUUCACGGUUCAUCGGCGUCCAAAUUGAUGUGGAUAUUCCAACUCUACGACACAGAGGGCGAUGGCGUAAUCGACAAGACCGAGAUGCUGAAGGUAGUCCAGUCCAUUUACGACCUGCUCGGCAAACACACAGACCCUCCCUACGAAGAGGCGUCGGUGAGGGAACACAUGGAGUCCGUGUUCAACAAACUGGAUAUAAAUCAGGAUGGUGUCAUAAGUCGAGAAGAAUUCUUAGAAGCUUGUCAAAAUGAUCCCAACAUUUCGGACGCUCUUGGGUGUUUACACACGACCAUUUAA